AUGCUACAUUGGCUUGCCGGCCAGAAAGGGCAUGACAACAACGGUGGUAAGACCAUGCGCACCACGCGCGAAUCAAAAGUUGCGUUGCUCAUUUGACGCAGACCCGGACACGACGGAAUAUGUAGAGCCACCCGAGACGCCUGCGCCUGUGUUCGCAGUGCGUGCCUUCAAGCAUGCCAUCUUCGGAACACCGCAGACGGUACAGCAGCCGAGACAUCCGCGACGAAAUUCGAACAAUGAGACGACGCGGCCACGGGCGACUACUCGACCUCGGAUAGACAGGCCAAAGAGCUCAAAUGAUACGCAGACCAUGGGAAAGCUUGAAAACGCGCAGGAACGGGAGCCACUGCCUUCCCCUACCAAGGGAAUCCUGUUGACGCCGGGAACUGCGGCUGCACGACGGAAAACGGUAUCGUUUGGAGACAAUGUUGCAGACAAUGAGGACAAACGACCAAUGAAGAGUGGACUACCCGACGAUUGCCCUGGGAAGUUUCCAAGUCCAUGGUCAAAGCCGACGGCGGAGAAGGACAAUACGGAGGAUUCGGUUGCGAAGUCAAGAGGACGAAGUAAGCUUACUGAGGCCCUGGAGCAAGUUCGCGAGGAAUCGGCAAAGCGGAAAUCGAAGACUGGCAAGCCUAUCAAGUCAAACGAUGAAGGAGACUUUACGACAGAUUUCGCGGAACCACACUCUGAGUCUGGAAAGUAUUGGAAGCAGGAAUACGACAUCUAUCGAGAAAACACGACUCGCGAGGUUAGAAAGCUCGUUGAGAAGCGGAAGCAGGCGAAGGACUACGCGCGAGAGAAAGACGAGGAGAAUGUUGAGCUGAGGAAGCAACUGCGUCAGGAGCGUGAGACAGUCGAGAGACUGGAGAAGCGGACGGCAGAGCUGGAAGCGCAGCUCAAGGAGUUCCAGUCGCAGCUUCAAAAAGACCGACCUGCAAAAGUGACAGCAAAGGGGGAGACCGAUGAGAAGCCAGCACGACCAGAGAGACGAUCAUGGCGUGACGGAGCUCUUGAGCAGCCUUCCGAGCAGAUACAAGCCCCAGCAACUGCAGCAGCUGUGACAGCAGCAUCACAAUUGUCAGAAGCCAAUGUUCGAGCACUUGAUCCUGCCAAAGAUCGCGACGCUACCAAGAAACGAAGGACACGGCCUCGGGAUGCUCAUCCGAAGAUGGCAGAUGACUUUUGGGCUCAAGGCCUCUCGUCGUUGGUUGUGGAUUCGAACAAAGCGGAGCCGCCUAUUUCAACGUCGCCAAGCAGAGCAGCGGCGACCAGAAACGAAGCUGGAGAGCUAAAAUCGAGAAACGGCAACACACUAGCUGAAGGAACAAUGGGAGUUGCGAUGUCGAUGGGCCUGCAGCCUCCGUCGCCUCAGCGAGACAAGCGACAAGACUCACCGAUGCGCUCUCCUGAGCUCCCGAAACCUUGUCCGGAGCCUCCUGCAAAGACAGCACAUGGGAAAACAAAUGAGCCCGUCAAACCCAGCCAUGAGGACAGUCUCAUCCCGGCACAGGACUCCAGUGCCUUCGAGCCAGAUGCAGCAACGGAACGCCCGAAUGUGUUGAGCGGCGCGCCCGUUCCGAUCAAGUCGACACUGCGACCUUGGUCAAGACCAGUAGACACCAAGGAGAAUGUAUCGCCAAAUCUGAGGCCUGGGCAGCCUGGCAGUCUAGAGAACACGAAGCCGUCAGAAACGUGGAAUGCCAUGAGUGCUCCGGCAGAGCAGCGCACAGUCAGCUUGACGAAUGGCAAGGAGAUGGACGCAGCACGAAACGAAAGAGCCCGAGCUCGAUUGGCUGCGAAAGGAAGACAGGUCUCUUGA